AUGACUGAGUUAAUUGACAUUCUCGAAAAACAUAAAAAGAUUACAAAAGAAAUGUCUAUAAAGCUUCACAAAUAUCUAAGAGAAGUUAAAGCACCAGUAACUAAAGAAUGGGGAGAUUGUGUGACAUCUCAUUCUUUACCUGGAGAGGGUAUAUUGAAGGCUCUGAGCAGUGCAUGUACUGGAAUAGAAAACCGUGGUGUAUUUCUUCUGGCUGAAUUGAGCAGUGAGAAUACAGAGAAGAAACUGAACAUGGCUUCAAAGAAUCCAAAUAUAAUUACUGGUUUUGUAUGCCAAAAUAAGGAUACAUUUAAAGAUCCUGGGCUGUUACAAUUAACUCCUGGCGUACAACUCGAAAGUGCUAAGGACGAUCUGGGUCAAGUAUACAAUACACCAGAAAAAAAUCUAGCAAUAAAGUUGUUUGAUAUAGAUGCAGUUAAAUUCGGGGAGUUUAAGACGAAGAGUGGAACUAUGACACCUGUUUACUUUGAUUUGAGGGUUAUAGUUAGUUAUCCGGACGUAAUGGAACUAUUAACAGUCCUGCUUUACGACAUUGUUAGUAACCAUAAAAAAUAUGAUCACAUAUGUGGAGUCCCUUACACAGCUCUACCAAUUGCUACUUUACUUAGUGUUAAGGUAAAGAAACCAAUGCUAUUGCGAAGAAAAGAGGCAAAAGCAUAUGGUACUAAGAAAAUGAUAGAAGGUCAUUAUAAAGUGGGUGAAACUUGUCUUAUAAUUGAAGAUGUAGUAACUUCUGGUUCUAGUGUAUUAGAAACAGUCAAAGAUUUAAAUAAAGAAGGGUUAAUAGUUAAAAAUGCUAUAAUUAUUUUAGACAGAGAACAAGGUGGCAGAAUGAAUCUUGAAUCCAAUAAUGUAUAUAUUGAUUCACUAUUUACAAUGACUGAGUUAAUUGACAUUCUCGAAAAACAUAAAAAGAUUACAAAAGAAAUGUCUAUAAAGAUUCACAAAUAUUUAAGAGAAGUUAAAGCACCAGUAACUAAAGAUUCAUUUGAGGACAGAAUUCGAAUACCUUUCGAGAAGAGAGCAGAGUUAUCAAAGAAUCUAGUAGCAAAACAACUCUUUAACAUUAUGUCUAUUAAAAAAACAAACCUAUGUUUAUCUGUCGAUUUGACAUCAACUGUAAAAAUUCUCGAACUUCUUGAAAAAGUAGGAGAAUACAUAUGCUUAGUGAAAACCCAUGUUGAUAUUAUAGAAGAUUUUACUUCUGAUUUCAUUUCUCGACUUAAACAAUUAGCGGACAGAUUUAAUUUUUUGAUUCUGGAGGACAGGAAAUUUGCGGAUAUUGGUAACACAGUAUCAUUACAAUAUCAAAAAGGGUUAUAUAAGAUUUCAGAAUGGGCAGAUUGUGUGACAUCUCAUUCUUUACCUGGAGAGGGUAUAUUGAAGGCUCUGAGCAGUGCAUGUACUGGAAUAGAAAACCGUGGUGUAUUUCUUCUAGCUGAAAUGAGCAGUGAGGGAAAUUUGAUCUCUGCAGAAUACAGAGAAGAAACUGUGAACAUGGCUUCAAAGAAUCCAAAUAUAAUUACUGGUUUUGUAUGCCAAAAUAAGGAUACAUUUAAAGAUCCUGGGCUGUUACAAUUAACUCCUGGCGUACAACUCGAAAGUGCUAAGGACGAUCUGGGUCAAGUAUACAAUACACCAGAAAAAGUAAUUUUAGAAAAUGGUGCAGAUAUUGUGGUUGUUGGGCGCGGAAUAGUCAAUGCAAAGAGCCCAGAAGCACAGGCGGUCGUUUACAGAGAUGCUUUAUGGAAAUGUUAUUCAAAAAGAAUCUCAGGUAAAUUAGAGUAA